GGUAAACGGUGGAGCGAUGGCGGUGCCCAUGAGGAGGACGUUUGUGGUCCUACACAGAGCAACAUGCAGAAGUUUGACGAAUGCCGAGGCGUCUCUGGAUGUCCGUCAUCCAGUCCCACUUUUCCUGCCCGUCCGGACCAAGAAGCGAUACUUUAUCCCUCCGGCAGUUGGGAUGAAGGGGAGUAAGGAGAUGAACGCGGAGGCAAAGACUCGAGCAUCGGGCAUUGUCUUUGGGCAGGAGAUCUUUGAGAGGCCCAUCAACAUCUCCUGCACUGCGGGAAUCUUCGACCCCUACCUCCCCCCAGAGGGCGACGCUCGUCUUUCCUCUCUGUCUAAAGAAGGCCUGAAACAACGGACUGAACAGAUCAAACAGAGCGCUGCCUCACAGCUAGCGAUUCGUAAAAUCAAAUCGCUCGACUCACUGUUCUCAACAAAGGAUUUUGCAGUGCAAGCUCAAGAAAUCUUUAUUGAGGCUCACAAUGCUCUGACACAGUUUAACAGGGAGAAACUUCACUCCUUGGUGACAGAAAGGUGCUAUCCGGAGAUGACACGGGGGAACCGCUACAAGACGGUCCGCUGGAGGUUCGUCGAGUCCCUGGAGCCGCCCAAAGUGGUCCACGCCCGCUGCCCCGACAUGGUCAGCAAAGGCAACCUGUACGGCCAGGUGACGGUCCGUAUGCACUCCAAACAGACUCUGGCCAUCUACGACCGCUUCGGGAGGCUGAUGCUGGGCAGCGAGGAGCAGCCGAAGGACGUCUUGGAGUACCUGGUUAUAGAACGGCACCUUAUCAACCCCUACGGCAAAUGGAGGUUACACGGAAAAAUAGUGCCAUCCUGGGCUCCUGCCAAAGAUCCAAUUAUUAAGACCGUCAUGAUUCCUGGGUCGAGGCUGAAGCCAGGACAAGAGUUCGAUGCCAUCAACAGUGAAGUUCCCAAACCAGAGGCGGUACAGUGGUACAAAUAAGCCACCAGAUGGCGCUGAUCUUUCCAUUAAACCACAUCAGGACAUUAUUACCAGUCAAGGGCCACAUGCUAUUUAAAAUUUGGCGAUGGUUGGUUAGUUGGUCCACCUUGGCAGGACACCAGGCUUCCUAUGGAGCCUCAUUUCUGGUUGAAAAAGGCUUUUGGCCGUUCAGACGGUUGAAGCAGCAGGUGAGUUGUAGGAUGAACAAACCACUUUGUCCUGAAGUCAAUAAAACUUCCGCUCACUCCACAGAAAAUCAUCACACAGCAGUCUGGAAUAGUGAUAACAACUCUUUUCAUAAUUUCAACUCAGUUUUGUUUCACACAUUUUUAUGUCUUAUGAGACUAAUUUAACGUGUACAUGAAAAAAAUAAAAUGUACAGAUCUUUAGAAGUUGUAUGGUUUAUUCUGUGAUGAAUACACUGCAUGUUGACUUCAGGAAAUACAAAAAUAAAGUGCCCCAUCUGC